AUGAACAUAGACCUUGAGAUCUUGGCAGAAUUUCGUUUGCGGACGCCCAUACGUCAUGGUGCGAUAGUAGGGUUCUACACCAUUCAGUUUGACAUUCAGAAGCUCAAAAUAUGUCUUCUAAAAGGUGUUUGCAAUGAAAUAUGUGAUGUUAUUUCAACUCUUGGUUGGGUGAAACCGUCUGAAAUACAGCUGAAAGCUAUUCCGGCUGCUUUUCGUAAAAAAGACAUAGUGGGGCUUGCAGAAACUGGAUCUGGGAAAACUGCCGCCUUUGCCAUACCGAUAUUGCAAGAUCUACUCUCAAAGCCUAGACAUAACUUUGCAUUGAUACUGACUCCAACAAGGGAAUUAGCUCUUCAAGUCAAGUGUCUUUUUAUGGAACUAGGUGAUAAAUUUGGUUUGAAGGUGGUGUGUUUGGUAGGUGGCCAACAUGUCGAAGAUCAAGUUCGUGAUUUAAAAAGACUUAAAUUCCACGUAAUUGUUGGAACACCUGGCCGAGUAGUUUAUCAUCUUGAAAAUACAAAAGAAUUGCGCUUAAAUCACGUUAGGUACUUUGUACUUGAUGAAGCUGACCAAAUGUUGGAGGAUACUUUUGAACAACAGUUGGCUUUUAUAAUAACAAAGUUGCAUCCCAAUAAACAAACCUUCUUAUAUUCAGCUACCAUGACACAGAAUGUUGAUAAAAUACGAAAGGUAUGCACCAAGUCACCAGUUAUACUUGAAGUCAGUUCAAAAUAUAGCAAAGUUGACAAGUUAGAUCAUGCAUUUAUUUUUAUUCCGGAUAAAGAAAAGGAUUUUUACCUUAUAUAUUUACUAUUAUCAUCUAAGAGCGCAGACAAAAGCCGAUCGAUUAUAUUUACAAGCACAUGGAGAGAAUCAUUUCGUAUAGUGGCAAUGCUUAAAAGUUUGGCCGAUGUAAUUGGUGCUGCUUCUGCCCCACUUAAUGGUGUUAUGCAGCAAGAUAAACGUCAGUCAUCUUUAUUCGAUUUCCGUACAGGUCGUGUUUCAAUACUUGUAGCUACUGAUCUGGCCUCCAGGGGAUUAGACUUUCCAGAUGUUGAUCUUGUUAUUAAUUACGAUGUCCCACGUCGGCCAUCGUGGUCUGAUUCUGCAAAAGCUUAUAUACAUCGAGUAGGAAGAACUGCUCGUGCUGGACGACACGGACGUGCUAUUACAUUUGUUACUCCUUAUUCAGUUACACGUUUGAAAGCUAUAGAAUCAGCUUUGAACGAAAGAAUUCCUCAGCUACCUUGGCCCGGAACAGAUUGCUUGGAUUCACAGUUAAGACAACAAGUAAUACAAGCUGACAAAGAAGCUCGAGCGAACCUACGUAUCAAAGAAAAGCAGAAACAACUAAAGAAAAAAAGAAAAGAUUCAUCAAACAAUAACAGGUUGCCAAAAGCCAAACGAUCACAUCAAGGUAAAGAAGUGGAUCCAGAAGAGACAAACAGUGAAUCAGAAUAG